GGUGCUAGGAUCUUUGGCUCAGUGAGAGAGAUUUUGGUUCUUCUUUUUUUUUUGGGGAGUGGUCUGGUCUAGCAGGAGAGGUUUGAUUGGGGUUUCUUCCUCUCGUUUUUUGUAGGGUAAGGUUGAAUGGGAUUAGGGCAUCAGGUUGUUUCGUUUCGUGCAUUGGUGGUUGGGGGUGUUUGCUUGCUGAAGAAGCGAGGUUGAGUUGGGGGGUCUGUUGACGAAGAGGGUUGACAAGAUCAUGACAUUAAACCGGGCAAUGCUUGAUUAUGUUUAAUAGUGCGAGGAGUAUCUGUGUCUCUGAAGUUAUUGCCUUCAAUGGAGGUUGAAACUGGUUGUGGUGAUGAUGUUGUCAGUUCAAGCAAUGAGGUGCAGGAGUUGUGGCCCCUGGGUGAAGUAGACCAAAAGGGGGCCAGGUUCCCUUGUUCUAUUGUCUGGACGCCUCUCCCAGUGGUAUCCUGGCUGGCUCCUUACAUAGGUCACGUUGGGAUUGCCCGGGAGGAUGGAACUGUCUUGGACUUUGCAGGUUCAAAUUUUGUGAGUGUAGAUGACUUUGCAUAUGGUUCUGUUGCGAGGUGCCUCCAGCUUGACAGGAGAAAGUGCUGCUUCCCUGCCAACCUCGCGGCGCACGUGUGCGCGAGAUCCUACGAGCACUUGGAGGCCGGGACGGCGAUCUCGUGGGAUGACGCGCUGCGGUCCGGAGCGAGGCGGUUCGAGCACAAGUGCUACAACCUCUUCACCUGCAACAGCCACUCCUUCGUGGCGAGCUGCCUGAACCGGCUCGCCUACGACGGCUCCGUCGGGUGGAACGUCCUCAACCUGGCGGCGCUCGUGUGGCUGCGCGGCCGGUGGCUGGGCAAGAUGGCCGUCGUCCGGUCGUUCCUCCCGUUCGCCGCCGUGGGGUGCGUCGGAGUCGCCAUGGCCGGCUGGUCCUUCCUCGUCGGCAUGGCGGCCUUCUCGUCCCUCCUGCUCGGGUGGUUCCUCUUCGGCGUCUACUGCAUCAGGGGCUUGGUCUGCUGAUCGAACUCAUCUACAGCAACCGAAACCCCUGACGGAUGAAGCCGUUUUGUCGGAGAUGCGACCAAAAUUUGCGUCUCUUUUCAGUUAUGCAAUGCCGACUCCCUGCAAAAUUUAGACAACUUCUACGGUGAUUUCUGCUAGGAUGGAACCAGAAUUUUACUACUACAUUUGUAUUCAGGCGGGGAGAAGAACUGGUGCUCUAGUGAUAGCCGAAAUGAUCAUUUCUACCGUGCUGUACUGUUCACUUGGUUCGUGUUAUCUAAUCUUUUCGCUUUCGCUUCUGCUUAUUUUAUAAACCAAAAUUUAAAUUUUUAACUUUAAAUUCA